UCGCCACACACACCGUCUUGGCUGAACGACUAUUUGCGUGGUGCCGGUAUGGAGAUGUACACGGAGUCACUGUCCCACUCAUAUGUUGGAAUGACAUUUACGGAAGCUGCUGAGUGCGUUUCCAGAAACACACCGGACUGGCUAAAUUUAUACUUAUGCGGUGCUGGUAUGGAAAUGUACACUGAUACAUUGUCACAUGGCUUCGUAGGGAUGACUUUUCCCGAAGCAGCUGAGUAA